AUGGGGAAGUGUAUUGCGGAUGGCAUCGCACAAUACCGCUUUGAUGUGUCUCUGGGCAUUGACGCGUUACUGAUGAGUUGGGGGUGCUCCGGCAUGGAGCCAGCUACGGGCGUGGUGCAGUUGCUGAUGCAGUUGCUUCUGGGCGGCUGGUUGCGCUUUUUCAUGGCGGUGUAUUCAAAGCUGCACUACGACAUUGUGUGGCGGGUCCGCAGCGGUGAAGAAAAGACACCUGAUAAAAAAGGUGCGUGA